AAACUCAAAAAUGACUUUGGUCUUAAACCAAAGAUAAGCCGCUUUUUCUCUUUAGUUGUUACACCAUUGAUGAACCUCAAACAAACAAUUCAGAGAUGUUCACAAUGACCAUCUCAAGAAAAGCACUAAAAACAUCCCUUUCUCCUCCCUUACACCACCUAUCCACCACCUCCCCCACCACCCCUCCAUGGUUCACCCCACCCCCACCCCACCACCACCAAGAUUCAUCAGACCCAAUUCUCAAAUCCCUUUCAGAAGCCAUAAAAAACUCUCCCACUAAACCCCUUCAAGUUUCCCUGAAACCCCUCCUCCCAUCUCUUAAACCCCAUCACAUAAUCAAUCUCAUUAACCUUAAUCCUCAUUCUUUAACCCCUUCUUCUCUUCUCUCCUUUUUUACAUGGCUUUCAACUUCUAACCCUUCAAGAUUUUGCCACACACUUCAUACUUAUUCCACUAUGACCCUUUGUCUUUACACCCACAAAAUGUACCCACAAGCUCAGUCUUUUAUCAACACUAUUGUUUCAAGAAAAGGUAAAGAUUCAGCCUUUACUGUUUUUCAAGCAUUCUUGAAAGCUAAAGGUACCAACUUUACAUCUUUUGUUAAUGUUCUAAAUGGACUUAUUGAUGCUUAUUUGGAUUUGGGGUUUGUUUCUGAUGCUAUACAGUGUUUUAGGCUUAUUCAAAAGAAUAAAAUUAAGUUCCCAUUUCAAGGUUGUACUAAGGUUCUUGAAUAUUUGAUGAGGCUUAAUUCACCAAUGGUAGCUUUUGAUUUUUAUAAGGAGAUUUUGGAAUAUGGGUAUCCUCCAAAUGUGUAUUUCUUUAAUGUUAUGAUGAGUAAGUUGUGUAAGGAAGGUAAAAUGAUGGAAGCCCGGUUGGUAUUUACUGAGAUGUGGAAGAGGAAUUUGAGACCUAGUGUUGUUAGUUUCAAUACUUUGAUAAAUGGAUAUUGUAGGUUAGGUGAUAUGGAUGCAGGGUAUAGGUUGAAAAGAGAAAUGGAGGAAAGAGGAAUUCCGCCUGAUGUUUAUACAUAUAGUGCUCUAAUCAACGGGCUUUGCAAGAUAUUUUGGAUGAGCGAUGCAAAUGAGUUGUUUAAUGAGAUGUGUGUAAAAGGUUUGGUUCCUAAUGUUGUUAUCUUCACGACCUUGAUUAAUGGCCAUUGCAAGGAUGGUAGUGUUGCUUUGGCCAUGGAUACUUAUCAACAAAUGCUGAAGCAGGGGGUGGAGCCAGAUUUAAUAACAUAUAACACACUUGUUAAUGGACUAUGUAAGAGUGGGGAUUUGGGGGAAGCGAGGAAGCUCAUUCAUUUGAUGAUUGAAAAGGGUUUGAAACCUGAUAAGAUCACAUACACGACAGUUAUUGAUGGAUGUUGUAAGGAGGGAGAUUUAGAUGGAGCGUUUGAGAUCAAGAAAAUGAUGGUUGAUAAUGAUAUUGAACUUGAUGCUGUAGCAUAUACAGCCCUUAUUACAGGUUUGUGUCGGCAAGGGCGAACAGUUGAUGCAGAGAAGAUUUUAACCGAAAUGUUGAAUGUUGGUUUAAAGCCUGAUGACCCCAUUUAUACAGUGGUUAUUGAUGGUUUCUGUAAGAAGGGAGAUAUUAAAAUGGGUUUUAAGUUGCUAAGGCAGAUGCAAAGUAAUGGACAUGCACCUAACGUUAUAACUUACAACGUGCUUUUGAAUGGUCUAUGCAGACAAGGGCAGAUGAGAAAUGCUGAAAUGCUAUUACAAGCGAUGCUUAAUCUAGGUUUAAAUCCAGAUGACAUUACGUAUAACAUCCUUUUGGAAGGGCACUGUAAGUAUGGGAAUCCUGAUGAUUAUGACAAGCUACGUGGUGAAAUGGGGCUUGUCCAUGACUAUGCUACCUAUACUUCACUAGUCGGUAGCUUAAGUAGGAGCUCAAGACGUCAGCCCAAGAAGUCAUUCAUGUAAUCAGAGAGCUCAAAUUGCAUAAUUCAUUUGCCAGAUUGUUCAUUAUUGGUCUCAAUGAUACUUUUUAGACUCCCCUUGCUUUCCUUGGGAAAUGAGCAAAUAGUAUUGACUGGAUCAGCAGAAGUUUCUCCUGGCUUGUGAAUGAUGCUAUAAGAUGGAUACCAACUAAUGCAACUUUGGAUAAAUUGAUGAAGAUAAUGUUAGUUCUUGAUGGAUUUUGACACCCCGAAGUUGCCAGUGUAUUACUUUCAUUCGUUGAAGAAUUUUAGAAUUGCAAUCUCAAUGUGUCAAUGCACUCCCUCGGAUAUGCGAAAGGUGUCUCACAAAUAGCUAUUCUUGAACCAGUUCAUCAAGAUUGCGUCUUUAUACACCAGUGAUGAAAGGCAAUCUUUUUUCUCUGAUAGUUGAGAAAAGGCCUAAAAGUCUACUUGAGGAAGCAAGUACAUCUCUAGUUAGCCUCGAGGAUCUGGCAUGAAUGAUACAACGGCAACAAGAACAACAUACCCACUGUAAUCCCACAAGUGGGAUCUGGAGAGGAAAGAGUGUACACAGACCGUACCCCUACCUUGAGUGAUGGAGACUACAAUCGAACACGAGUAAGCUUCAGCUGUGACAUUCAAAGAUGACUUAUACCAAGUUCAACAGCUCUGCUGAAAAUUCAAGUUCAAGCUAAGAGAUAGAAAGAUAUUUCGAGUAUACUUGUCUCUCUUAAUAAACAGGAGGAUAAGCAUACAGAGACGUUAUCCGAGCAGUUUUUCCAUUUGCAAGAAAAGUUUUUUUCAGGUUUUCCUCCAAUGAAUUGGUUGAAGUGCAACACAGAUGAAUGGUGCCUAUCCAGGAAAUCAUGGGAAGAGUUCUUAUGGAUUUUGUAUACACGAUGCAUCAGGUGAUCUUAUCUAUGCACACACCAAGGAAAUUCAUGCUACUAUACAGACAUGAAGGUGAAAGCUAUUGCAAUCAGAGAGACUCUACAAUGUGUGAUGAAUAAUUUGGUCCAGAUGAAAAUAUUUUUGGAGGAUAAAUGCUACCAUUUACUUGUUCACUUAUUAUAGUUUGUCAUUUUGUAAUAUCAACUUACAGCAUUCUAUCAAUCUCUAAGUUGAUACUAGCUUAUAAAUUUUUUUGCAAGUU